UCCAAUUACAAGCGCCUGAGCGCAUCGAUUCCCACAUGUGUGAAGAGCCCGUCGGGCUAAUGUUUAUAAUUGUUGUUAUUCUUUAAUCUUUCAAUUUUAUGUUCAAACUCUAAAUCAUCAAAGCUGAAAUAGGAAAUAUGGGCAAACGUAAAUUCAAGAAAAGUGUGGAAGGAUCUCUGGUGGAAAGGAGGAGACGGAUACAACAAGCAAAGAGGGAAGUGGCUCUUGAAUCGAAAGGCAAAUCCCCAAAAUACAGUGUUGAGCAGCUUUUGGAGAAGGCAGAAGAUUGUAUAGACAGAUUUGAAUAUGAACUUGCCCAGAAAUUCUGUCAGAGGGCUUUGGAGAUGGAGCCUGAUAGCAUUCUGGCUCUGGAAACAACUGGAUCCCUUCUCUUAGAGCUUGGAAAUCAGGAGGCAGCCAAACAGUGUUUUGGCCGAGCUGUGGAGGUCUGUCCAAACCAAGGCCACUCCAAGUACAUGUACCUGGGGCAGUUGUUUGAAGGUGCUCAGGCUGUUCAAUGCUUUCAGAAGGGGAUAGAAUUGAUGAUGAAGGAACAUGAAGCAAAGCAAGCAUCAGAGUUGGCAGCCGCCUGCGGGGGUGGACCACGAGAGGGGGUCUCCUGUGAGGAGAUCUGCAAUGCUUACCUGUCCCUGGCUGAACUCUACAUGACAGACUGUUGUAUGGAGGAGGAUGCAGACAAGAAAUGUGAACAUAACAUAAAUCAAGCACUGGCGAUAGACGGUGAUAAUGCUGAGGCCUAUCAGAUGAUGGCCAGCUAUCACCUCUCUAAAGAAAAUGAGGAAAUGGCUACGGAGAUGAUAAAGAAAAGUGUAUCGUUAUGGUUACCAAAGUACAAAGCAGCUGAUAAAGGGGAAGUGCCAGACGAGGAGUUUAACCCACUAGAGUUGACACCACUAAGUUAUGAUACCAGGAUAGCAGCAGCCAAAAUUUUAACUGAAGUAAAAGAAUACGAGACUGCUGUGGAUGUGCUGGAAGGUUUACUGGACGAGAAUGAUGAGGUUCCACAGGUCUGGUAUAUGAUCGGCUGGGCCAACUACUUACAGGGCCCUGACUACAAAGAGAAUGCCCGAUACUACCUACAGCAAGCCAAACAGGUGUAUGACAAGAUUAAAUGUGAUGAUCCGGAUCUUUUGAAACACGUGGAAGAACUAACAGAGGAGAUUGGCCCAGGGGAGGAGGAGGGCGAGGAGGAGGGUGCUGAAGAGGAUGUGAAUGAACUAGAUAGUGACAGUGAUGAUGAAACAGACAAUAAAACAAACGGUGAAGCAAUGGAACACUGAUGUCAUUCAUAAUCAAUAAAUAUUUACUGUUA